GUAAAAAGAUAAAUGCAAUGCAGCUGCAUCCAAAAGAAACCGUAACACACAAGAUUAGAUAUCCCAUUUUUCACUCUACAAACAAUAUUGCGACUUACAAAAUGAGGCCUGUCAACUCAUUUCUUCCUAUCGCAAUCGACCCGAAUGGAAUCAGUUCUUGAAAGAGUGUUUGGAUACACAGGACGAAGAAAUAAUGCAAAAACGGUUACAUCUGGAAGACUAUUUAAUUAAACCUGUACAAAGAAUAUGUAGAUAUCAACUACUGAUAAAAGAGAUCAUACGAUAUACAUCACCCCAAACACCAGAGUAUGAUCUCUGGACAGCCGUAUUGAGCGAAAUGCAGGAUAUCGUGGCUGAGAUUGAUGACUUGAAGUUUCAGCGUGAAAUGAAGGAACGUACAGAUAAAUUUAUCGAACGUCUCGACGGUGACUGGAGGAUCAACCGACGCCAUGUCUCUCAGCUAGGAAACCUUUUGAUUGCUGGUGCAAUUGAGGUAACCUAUUCUGCUCUUGGUCAAAGCGUCUCCAAACCUAGAUACCUCGGUUGCUUUGUCUUUCCAACCUACAUCAUCAUGGUUCGUCCCAAGAAAGUGACAAAUUAUGAACCCAAACAUUGGUUCCCCCUGAAGAUGGCCGAAUUUGAAAAUCUCGAAGAUAUUGAGGGUCAAAGAGAAAACUCUUUUAUUGUACGAUGCAAGAAGCAUACAUUUAUAUUUAGCGCAACCUGUUCACAAGAGAAACAGCUAUGGGUCAAGAAAAUUCAAGAAGCUAUUGUCACCGCCAAGAUGGACAGUACUACUGACAACGACUGGCUUGCACAAGAACAAAUCGUUCCUUCCCUCCCAGGACUGACGACCAAGAAACAAAGCAUACGUGCCUCUCGCUCAUUUACAAAUGUACUGGAUAUGGCGCUGAUGAAUGGAAGUGACAAACAAAAGUCCUUUGAUCGACAGAUCCUUCGACGGUCCAUAUCAACCAACGUCUGUCUCGAAGACUUGGAAACCCCGCCUUUUGAGGUACCUGCUCUUCCACACAAUCGGAACCUGAACGUGUCACUCGUCAAGCGAUAUUCCGCUGAUUAUGUAAUCAACCAAAAGAAACCGUUAGAACUCAAGCCGAGGAAUAACUCAGAGACGUAUGUCAAGCCGGAUCCAUUUGCCAGUAAUGGUAUGCCAAGAAGACGACCUAGUUCACUUGAUCUAUUAUCAGAUACGAGCAAUAUGAUUGGUAAAAUGUCGUUUCAGUUUAAAAACAACCACCAGAACGCCUUACGUAUCAAUGUGGACCAUAAACUUCGUGAUGUUUGUACUCAAGAGUAUUUGUCUUCCAGAGCCUGGCAUGUUCGAGACAAUUACGGAUCCGAGCCUCUGCCUCCAGUGAAUACAGCAGCUGAUCCUCUCAAAAAGAAAAAAUCAUCUUCUCUGCUUAGAUCGUCUGUAUCGAGCUUAUCGAUCAUCAUUCCCAAACGAGCAUCCGAGCCUGCACCCUUGAGAUCCGCUACCUCUGUUGUCGCCCAGUCAUCUGAUUGUGAUAUCAAGUCAACAGAUGAAAGCGCCUGUUCAAGUCUCAUGGAUAGACCUGACUCGCCAAGGACGAAUAACAGAAUGUCAUAUGUCUCAUCUUCAAGAAAGUCUUCGAUACAGUCUCAACACCAAGAUUCAUUUGACUGUACAUUGAAUGAUAUAACAAACCCUAUUUUUACCAAAAAGAAAAAGAGGCCACUAGCAGAGAGAGUGCUCAAGAGAAUAACAAGUAUCAGGCAGAUAAAAUCGCAUACUGCAGAAUGGAAUAUGUCAGGAGACACAUUAAAAAGUGGUAUAUCGGAGGAGGUAAAUUAACUUUUUUGUGAAUUCAAUUCAUGGACGUACAGAAUAACCCCCCUCUUUUUUUCCCUCCCUAGACUAAAACAUAUCCACCAGAGCACGAGUCAGCUGUCUCGUUAAAGAGUGUUGAUCAGCAACAGACGGAGGAGACAGAUUCUGUAAUGACUGCAUUUGCUUAUGCUUCUACACCCGCAAAGAAAAAGACAAGCUGGAAAACUCGGUUGAGACAGUCAAGACUUUUUUUCAUACAAGAUGUGUAAAAAUACGCAUUCAUUUCAAAUGCGCGUGUGUGUUGCCACGUUCAGCCCUUUUUUUUUUUUUCUUUACCU